AUGUCCUCCUUUAAAUUUGUGUAUGAAGAUAGUCAAGAAAAGAGUGUUAAUGAAGAUAGUUCUCAAGCUUUGAUUCAUAUAAUUGAUGAGGAUUAUCAUGGUCUUGAGACAAUAGCAACUCAUUCUCAAUUCCUUGAAUCAAGAAAUAGAGAUAGGAUUUCAGAAGUCUCAGAGAGUAAUCAGACAGAGAACCAAAACAUCAUCAAGUUUUUCAAGCUGAAAGAUGAGAAAUUGCUUAGUGCUAAGACUGCAGCAAAGCAAUUGAACAUAAGUGCCAGAGUGGCACAAUUUUGGGUGAAGAAGUACAAUGAAGACCCAGACAACUUGUUCAAUCAUGACAAGAAGGAAGAUACAUCUGUCUAUGUUAAAGACGUGAUGGACUAUUGCAUCUUAGUGUUUGGCAAUAUCAACGUGUUAAAAGAGACUGUCAGGAGGUUUAUGGCCAACAAAUGCAAUCUCACAUUGAAAAAGAUCUAUAAGCAGUCUGUAGCAAAGAACAGUGAAGAGAAUAUUGAGGCAAAAUAUAACUGGAUUCUGCAGAUGAAGAAAACAAGUGCCAACUACAUGACAAACUGUGUUUUCUUGGACAAGUCAGCCUUUGAUAUCAACAUGUGGCACAGAAGAGAAUGGUUCGAGAAGGGAAAGAAGGAAGUCACCACCACCCCAACCACCAGGUUCCACCCUCUUACCAUUUUUGGGGCUAUGUUGGCCAAAGGCCUUAUAUAUAUCAGCUUGAGGAAUCCUAAGUUCUGUAAGCAGUUCUCUUCUGCUGAGUCUGGCUCAAAGGGUACAGUGGCCAGACAUUUCUUUAUGUUUGUGAAAGCUGUCUUUGAUAAGAUAGAUAAGUAUGUCAAUAUGAAGGGGAACUUUCUGGUGAUAGAUAAUGCACCCAUCCACCAGAGUGCAGAUAUCAGUCUAUAUAUCUCCUCUAGGUGA